UCCCUCUCCUCCUCUUCCUCCUUUAACCAUUUUUUCCUCGGUGCUUUUUCUUAAAUUUUUAUUUUUGUUUUUCUAUAUUCUCGUCGGAACAGGUACUCUGAAUAUCUUCAUCGGAACGCCUCUUACCUCUCAGACGGCUCCGAUAGAAGAAAAAAGAGAAAGUGACAAAAGGGAGCUAUCCUUCCUUUUGUUUUUCUGUUUUUAUGCGCUAGGUUUUUGAUACUGAAGUUUCUCUGAUAGCUUAAACGACGACGUUGUUUUCGCCUUCUAGUUUUUUCCUUCUUUUAGCAUCGACUGUAAGUAGUUGCUUUUGCUUCAUAUGGGUUGAUUUCUUAGGGUUUUCUUUUCUAUAAACUUCACGCUAGAGGAGGCUUCCAGCUGAAGCGAAAUUCUGACAAAGUCCUGAAAAAAAAAAUAAAGGAACGAAACCGACUUCACUUUUAUAAUCAGCCAGAAAUUUAAAGAGAAAGCAAAGCUCUGCAGCAAAAGGAAUCAAUUUUUUGUUUUUUUUCUGAUGAGUAAGUGCUGAUUAUCAGUUGACCUUCGGAAUUUAGGAUAAUAUUUUGAUCUUGGAAAUAUAGAAAAAAUAAUAAAGAGGACGAGACUGGAAAAGAAUGAGGAAUUCGGGUAUAAUUUGAGGCUGCUAAGUUUGCAACAUGAGUUGCGGCAGCAGUAAAAGAGUUCCGGAGGUACAAAAUGAGCACCAGCAGCCUGUUUUACGGAGGUCCGUCGAGGUAGAACCGGCGACGGCCACUCAAAAUGGUUCUAUAACGGCGCCGCAACUGUCAAUUGAUGAAAGUUUGCUCGUUGACCCCAAAUUAUUGUUUAUUGGCUCCAAGAUUGGCGAGGGAGCCCAUGGAAAGGUUUAUGAAGGAAGGUAUGGUGAUCGAGUUGUUGCUAUCAAAGUGCUUCAUCGAGGGAGCACUUCAGAAGAAAGAGAUGCACUGGAGAAUCGUUUUGCCCGUGAAGUUAACAUGAUGUCCCGGGUAAAACAUGAAAAUCUUGUCAAGUUUAUUGGAGCCUGCAAGGAUCCACUGAUGGUGAUAGUAACUGAGCUAUUACCUGGGAUGUCACUCCGUAAGUAUUUGAUUAGCAUUCGCCCAAAACAAUUAGAGCUUCGUGUAGCUUUAAAUUUUGCUCUUGACAUCGCACGAGCCAUGGAAUGUCUGCAUGCAAAUGGGAUUAUACACAGAGAUCUCAAACCAGAUAAUUUGUUGCUUACCACGAAUCAGAAGUCUGUGAAGCUUGCAGAUUUUGGUCUUGCAAGAGAAGAAUCUGUCACUGAAAUGAUGACUGCUGAAACUGGGACUUACCGCUGGAUGGCUCCUGAGUUGUAUAGUACUGUUACAUUGCGGCAGGGUGAGAAGAAGCAUUACAAUAACAAGGUUGAUGUCUACAGUUUUGGAAUUGUCUUAUGGGAAUUGCUGACUAACCGCAUGCCAUUUGAAGGCAUGUCAAAUUUGCAGGCUGCUUAUGCAGCUGCUUUUAAGCAAGAGAGGCCCAGUCUUCCAGAGGACGUAUCCCCUGAUCUUGCCUUUAUCAUUCAGUCAUGUUGGGUUGAAGACCCUAAUUUGAGGCCUAGUUUCAGUCAGAUCAUCCGCAUGCUUAAUGCAUUCCUUUUCACUCUUUCUUCCUCAUCAACAUCAGUGCCAGAAUCUGUUACCAAUGAGACAGUGGCAUUAAAUAAUGGCACCAUUACUGAGUUUUCUGCUCGAGCAAGAGGAAAAUUUGCUUUCCUUCGCCAACUGUUCACAGCUAAGAGGACUAGAAAUUCUCAAUGAGUGGGUAAAGUUUUGAAACAUUUUCUUUUUGUUGCAGCUCAAAGAAAUUUGUGGUUUCAUAGAGAUAUAUUGUCAAUGAAUUUGGUUAAUUGAUUAGAUGAUGACAAUUAGGAAAGGAAGGAGACAUUUGAAAAAUGAUGUUAAGGAAUUAGUAAAUAAAUAGACAAGUAGAGAACUAACAUUCUCUGUUGGCCUUGUUGUAAAGCAGAUAUGUGGAUAUAGAAAAAUCUAAUCUUUUUGUCCAUAUCA